UGAAACUCACUUUACCUGUUUGCGGAACACCAGCCACGAUCCUGCCCAUCGCGGGUCCCUCAGCCGGUGGGCUCGGGGAUUUUGUCAAAGGCAAGAAAAAGCCUUAAGUAUUUAAACAUGUUGGACCAUGCACGCAGCCAUCCCCCGCCUUGCGGUUUUUUUUUUUUUUGUCCCCUCCCUCCUUUUCCUUUUCUUUUUACCAAAGUAUAUUCAUCAAACUGCUGAGUUGGAAAGAUUUGUAAUGAGUUUUUGAGCUGUACGACUGUGUUUUUCCCCCCCUCUCCCCCCGCCCUCUCCCUCUUUCUAAAUCUUCAUCUGACAUUAAAUAAAGCAAAUCCCAAACAGAUUAACUGUCGCACGGUUCUGCUCCGUCUCCUCAGUCUGUUCCCAGGUCUGGCGCGGGACCGGGCGGCGGCGACGGCAGAGGCGGCGGCGGCGGGAGAUGCCCGGGCGGCCGGCCGAGGCCCAUGUGGCGCGCUAGGUGGGACCCUGGCGUCCUGAAGGCCGAGGCCCUGGCCCUGCUGCCCUGCGGCCUGGGCAUGGCGUUCUCCCAGGCCCACGUGAUGGCCCCGCGCCGGCACCAGCACGGGCGGCUCAUCAUCGAGGUGGACGAGUACAGCUCCAACCCCACGCAGGCCUUCACCUUCUACAACAUCAACCAGGGCCGCUUUCAGCCUCCGCACGUGCAGAUGGUGGACCCCGUGCCUCACGAUGCCCCCAAGCCGCCCGGCUACACCCGCUUCGUCUGCGUGUCCGACACCCACUCCAGGACAGACCCCAUCCAGAUGCCGUACGGCGACGUGCUCAUCCACGCCGGCGACUUCACGGAGCUGGGCCUCCCCAGCGAGGUGAAGAAGUUCAACGAGUGGCUUGGCAGCCUGCCCUACGAGUACAAGAUCGUGAUCGCCGGCAACCACGAGCUGACCUUCGACCAGGAGUUCAUGGCCGACCUCAUCAAGCAGGACUUCUACUACUUCCCGUCCGUGUCGAAGCUGAAGCCGGAGAACUACGAGAACGUGCAGUCGCUGCUGACCAACUGCAUCUACCUGCAGGACUCGGAGGUCACGGUGCGGGGCUUCCGGAUCUACGGCUCCCCGUGGCAGCCCUGGUUUUAUGGCUGGGGCUUUAACCUCCCGCGAGGACAGGCCCUGCUGGAGAAGUGGAACCUCAUCCCCGAAGGCGUGGACAUCCUCAUAACCCACGGACCCCCGCUGGGCUUCCUGGACUGGGUCCCCAAGAAGAUGCAGCGGGUGGGCUGCGUGGAGCUGCUCAACACGGUGCAGAGGCGCGUCCAGCCGCGGCUGCACGUCUUCGGCCACAUCCAUGAAGGGUACGGUGUCAUGGCGGAUGGGACCACCACCUAUGUGAAUGCGUCCGUGUGCACCGUGAACUACCAGCCCGUGAAUCCACCCAUCGUCAUCGACCUGCCCACGCCCCGGAACUCCUGACUGCCCCCGCUGUCGCGGCCCUCCCACCCGCUGCAGCUGCGUGUGCCUGGCUGAGAGCACGGACCCCCGCCCCCUCCCAUGCAGACACCCCGCCGGGCCGCGGGGACCAGCCCGCAGGUGCACCGAGGCCUUGGAAUGAAGCACCUCGCCCCUGACGCUCCAGCCCCUGUCACCUGGAGUCGGGACCCGUGGGUCUUGGGGGUUCUGUGUUCGUUGCUGUUCCCGCGUGGACAUUCCGUGUCCCUCGGUGCAGGACCGGCCAGCGGUGGCCUGUUGUGCUGGGGAAGGGCCUGCGCUUCAUCCUUCGCCGCCGGCCGCCUUCGU